AUGAGUUUCUCCGCCCUUCCAACAGAGCUGCUCAGCAUGAUCUUUGAUGAGAUCCGAAGCAAAGAGGAUAUGCAAGCCGUUUCUCUCGUCUGCCACAAAUGGCGCGUUAAUCUUGCACCGCUGAUGUGGUACACGUUGAACACCGAUCUUCUGCUAAGCAAAUCUCAGUCCAUGAAAGCACUUGUCAAUUCGCAGAGCUUGAUACUCCCUCAUAUCCGACGGAUUAUCAUAGCAACACCACGACGAGCCGCGGGCGAUUCGUUUGAAAUGAAUCAAAUCGAGCACAAAUUACGUCUACUGUUAACGUUCCUACCUCACGAUCGCAUCACGCACUUCAUGGCCACCACGUUGAGACCCAGCCGUCAUACCAUCCAUAUGCUCCUCAAAUCCCAGCGGAAGCUCAAAGAAUUGAACUUCCGCAUCAGGCCCGACGAGGCCUUCACGGGCAAGGGGCCACUUCCUCUCCACACAGCUGGUCCUUUGAUGGAGCCUCCCCUGAAAGACCUCACUGGACUAGCUGUAUAUGUUCAUUGCCAUCCGAAGGUUGCGGAAAACUCUUUUGAGUACUACCGCAAACUUCUCACAUACGUUCCCAAGCUGCAGACCCUAUCCAUAGUGGGCACGCUCUUUGACGAUCGUCCACUCGACCGGUUGGACAUGCAACACGUCCUACGGCAUGACAUAAAAGAGCCGAUUCUGACAAGUCUCACUACCCUCCGUCUGAAGCUUAUCGACCUUGGAAUGAGCCACAAGGCGAUUUCCAGGAACAUGAACUUUGCUAACCUUCGCACAUUGUCACUGAUUGGCUGCAAUUACAUGGCGCCCUUCUUAGAUAACCUCCUGGUACAACGCGCCAACAGUGACGGCAGUUAUCUUUCCCAUCUUUCCGAUCUGGAGAUCUUCUUCCCUUCUAAUUCACUUCAUCCCGACAACGACAUUCAGGCUGUCCAACGCUUCCUCGAGACUGGUCCUAAACUUGACAAGCUCAUCUUGGACGCAUCGCGCCAUGCCUUGAUAAACAAAGACGCUAUCAUCGCUCAGUCUAAGCUCAAGUUACUGGGACUGGGUACCGGUGAGGAGAGGAGAGGGCGCUCAUAUGCUGUGGAAGACGUCAAAGCGAUCCUAGCCGCCUGUUCAGAGCUCGCAAACAUCGCCAUUAAUCUCCCUGCAGUGAGCCUAGGAUCCCUUAUCGAUCUAGCUCAUGACUUCAGACUGGGAAGACCCCAAAACUUUCUCACACAUGUAGAGACUGAGUUCGAAGCCAUGCUCACCGUACUCGCCCAACACACCCAGCUUCACACACUCCGCAUAUUGAACCUCCCAGAUUUCGGAGAGAUCGAAUUAACACACAAAUCCGACUCGCUCAACUCCACCGAACAUCGCUUAGCCCGCGUUAUGUACCAGAAUUUCGCAACGGAGAUCAUGCGCUUCAUGGCAAAAUGCGGUACCGCACCCAUAUUCUUUGACACCCGGCCUAGCAUUACUUAUCAAAUCUUCGAUGAGUGUUGCUGGCCUGCGUAUCUGUUCAAUAAAGGGUAUGUUUGUGAUGCGAGAGGGAAGAGGGAGGUGAUGGCGGUGCCCCUGGACAGAUAUCCGCAGGAUGAUAAAGAGUCGCUUGUGAUGCGUAUGGCGGGGUCGAGUAUCUGA